AUGGCUGGAUCGCGUGUCCGUGCAAUCAUCUCUCAAUAUUGGACGGAAGCUGCCAACAAUGGUCUAUCUGCUGACCGGAUCAAGUAUUUUAAAGCCGGGCUGCAAUGGGAGAUGAAUUACUCCGCUUCACAGAAUAUCGUGUCGGUGGUUCCGGUCCCUGUCGCUUAUAUCCUUAAGUUGUAUCCCAUGCUCACCUGGAACACGGUUCCGGACGACGUCUUUUCAUUCCACCUCCUUUCAUUUCAUGAUGAGCCAAUUGCAGGACAUCCGUCCCGGAUUGUGUUCGUAUAUACAUGUCCAUGGUGGAGGGGAAACAACUGGAUCCCUGAUCAACCAUGGCAGUGGGAUGAAAUAAUGUCUUCCUGCGUCUCUCACUACCAGUAUUGGGCGCUUAAUGUUGAGGAUGAUGCUUUGGUACUUCCAGAGAAGUUGAAAAACACUUCGACUCCACCACUCAUGGGACUGAGAUUCAUCAAAGAACACAUGGAAGCAUUGCUGGAGGAGCAAGAUCAGGGCAUCAAAGCUAAGAUGGGAGAGGUGAAGAUGUACACUGACAUGUUAGAGAAAUUGAGGAAAGGCAAAGGAGUGUCCCGAGUCCCGAAUUUCGGAGGUUGGGGUUUGGAGACCCGGAGCUCGGCAACUGUGUUGGGUGUCAGGGUAUCCAGACCCUUGGAGAUAGCAUGUGGACUCGGUAUUCAGAACAGUGUCAAGUCCCAGGUCACAAGCUCCGAGUCCCAAGUGCCGAACCCCGAGUCCCGAGUCCCGAAUUUCGGAAGUUGGGGUUCGGCGACCCGGAGCUCAGCAACUGUGUUGGGUGUCAGGGUACUCAGAGCAUUGGAGAUAGCAUUUGUGUCAGGGACUCGGUAUUCAGAACAGUGUCAAGUCCCAGGUCACGAGCUCCGAGUCCCGAGUGCCGAACCCCGGGUCCCAAGUCCCGAAUUUCAGAGGUUGGGGUUCGGCGAUUUGGAGCUCGGCAACUGCUGGGUGUGGGUUUCGGGACUCGGGACUCGGAGCUCAUGA